AUCGAAUUCUAUAAUAUACUGAAAGAAAUGGAAAAUAAUUCUCCUAUAGACUCAGCUAUCUAUGCAGUACAUGAAGAGAUUUCGGAACUUGCUACAAACUAUCGAAACGCCAUUGUUGGUAUAAACAAUGCUUGCUCGAAAUUAAAUGAAGAAAUGGGACCUCCAAUGAUACAGCGUUCUUCCUCCGCUACCUUAUUGGGUAAGGAAGCCGCCCCUCUACUUGGGUCGUUGAAAACCUUGGGUGAAAACAUUUUCAAGGCAAACGUCAGCAACGAAAACAUAGAGGAAAAUCUUGAAAAAGCUUCAAUUGACAUGAAAAAAAGCUCGCAACAGCUAGAGAGUUUCGCUGCGAACUUGAAUCAUAAUAUGGAGACUUUGCAAUCUAUAAUGGAUUAUACAAUAUGUUCUAUUGGAAGAACGUCCACACCACGAGAAAAUUGGAGUGACACAGAUUCAGAUACAAGCUUCGAGUCUACAGAUAUUGUUACAUCUUCGCCAUUUACUUCUUCAGACAGAAUGACGGAAAUGCUAAAGAAAAAAAUUAUUCUUUCAGAUAAUAUGAUAUGA